AUGAAGAAAUCCACUCCAGCGCCCAUUUUCAAUCAUCGGAAAAGACCACGACAAGCUGUUAUAGCUGACCCUCAAACUAUUGAUGGACCUGGAACCGGCACGCCAGUCAAUACACCUCAGUCGUCGCAUCAUUAUCAAGAUUUAAUGCCAGUUCGUGGCUUUGACGGACAGGGAUAUGUAUCCAGACAAACAAGGCAGGGGUACUCACAAUCAUACCAGCAGAACAAGUCCCAACAGGGCCAACAACAGUAUCAACUGCCAAACAGACAGCAGCAGCAACACAAACAGCAAUAUUCAUAUGAUAUAAACAAACCAAGCCCUAUUAGAGAGUCACAGAUACAGAAUGCAGGUCACCAGGGAGAAAGUGUGAUGACAGGAGGCAACACGGCUCUUAGUUUUUCAAACUGUGAUAGAACAGGUAAAUCUGAGCAUGGAUGGCAGACAGACAAAUAUCAAUCUCUGGCAUGGAGUACUGGGCAGGCAUCAUACACCAACAGACAGGGAGUUAACAGUUAUACAAGUAACCAGAAAACACCACAAAGGCCUCCAACUAUCAGGAACAACCACACCAAUUGGUAUGGGCAACAGCAAAGCAGGUCUUUAGAUGAGAAACAGAGCUACAAUAGCCAAGCAGGAAGCGAGUUUGUAUGUCGCAUCAACAAUUCUGGAAAUAAUUCCUCUAACACAAAUAUAUAUAAAAAUCAGCACCCAUUCCAGAAAGGCUCUAAUCAAAACCAGAACAUGUUCAGGCCAGGUCCCAGUGGUGCAGCAACAGUGCAAGGGGCAGAUAACACUAUGCAACACCUUCAACGCGACGGAUAUCAUCGAGUUGGAGGAUUUGGAGAUACUGUAAUCAAACCUUCAUCAACAACACAGAAAAAAGAUCCUCAAAAGCCACCAAAGAAGACUGAAAACAAAGCAGAUAAAACCCUUCACCUGAUCACAUCAACCAUUCAGGGCAUUAAACAUUGGAGCAAAUACAGAGAUACAAUUAAUAUGAUUUUUGAAGUAUAUGGUGUGGUGGACUCAGCUUUGAUGCAAGAUCCUUCAGGAACAGGAAAAGAAUUUCUUAUGAAAGAUGAACAGGAUUCCAUGCAAUGUGUUUUCUAUGAAAUUGAUCGUCAACUCCCUCGAUUAACCCGAGGACAUUGGCACAGGUGUGUGGGCACCAUGGAUGAAAGAAGUGGGAAAUUUAAAUGUGUAUCAGUGCGACCUGCUUCCAUGGAGGAAAAGGAUAUUUCAAAGCUUUCUGUCAAAAAGUCUGACAAUUUUCUUUGGGACUUUACAAAAACCACACCAGAGCCAUGA